CUUAUCCUUGCUCGUGAAGUGGCCUUGCUCCUGAAGUGAAAUAUGGAAGUAGUGUAUUGAAAGAGACGCUAAAGUUCGCCUCCUUCGACGACAUCGGAUCGGGCGUCACGACGGGAGCUGGCUCGCUGCGAAGUGAUCGGGACGGCGGACAGAAACCCAAAGCCUUUUCUAUCAGGCGAAGAUCCACGGCUAGGGUUUUGCAUCAUCUAUCAAAUUCGUGAUGACGGUAAAAUGGUUGAUGCACUGGCAGCCGAAGCCAGGAACCACGCUGAGCACGCAGAUUCUGACGGAAGCUUGCCAGUGUGUCGAGAGCAUUGGGGGUCAGAAGGACGGGCGAUGGCGUUCGGUGCUUACAUUCUACAAGCCGAUGCAGCGGGACGCCUUGGUGCCGGUUGACCACCCACGCGACUUCCUCGGGCUCGCUCUCCAAGAGCAGCCUGCCAAGUACUACUUCAUCCUUCGCCCAAACCGCAUUGUUCUUGAGGCGGACGCCUCCAUCCAGGUUAUCAUGGAGAAGCUGCAAUCCUACAAGGCCAGGGUUACUCUCAACUUUGAGGGUUUUCAAUAUAAACUUGGUGAUUUCCAAUUAAGAGUAGGAAAAUGUGUUCCUUCAGCAUCAGAGGCGUUAAGAGGAAUCAUGAUGGAGGUAGAGUACAUUCCUCUUUCCUCCAUCGACAAAUCUAGGCAAGUUCUCGAAGAAUUCUUUGACAUUUGGCAGGAAACCAUUUCCAAAAAGUCUUUGCCCGGCCAUUUCAUGCACAUUGAAUCGAACUUUGCUGAUUAUGGCCUUCAAGAUCGCUAUACUUCUCAUCACACUGCGGUUCAGUACGCAACUUGCAUGGCUCAGUUGAUUGCUGCUGUAAGAUGCUAGUAAAACGAUUUCUUGGGAACAUUUUAUAUGAACUUGGGCUUAUUCUCUUAGGCUUUGUUUUGGCUUGAAAGAGAGGAAAUGAAAUUGAUGAAUGGAUAUUGGAUUGAAAUUACUUUUCACCCUCUGUUUGAUUAAUAAAAUGAGUGAAAUAUUUUUUUACUUCAA